AUGUGGGCUUAUGUGCUUUACACUGGGAGUCAUCCGAGAACAACAGACAUUGUUCAAUUUCAAGAAAUCGAAAGGAGUGAAGAUAGUUCGAAACUCAAAGUGAGGUGGGUGAAUGGUCGAAAAUAUAUUGUGAAGAUAUUGAUGAGAGACGACGAUAAAAGUCGCCUGGAGAAGUUGGAGUUUACGCAGUCUGGACAACUGAUUGAAAACAAUGCCCCAAUAGAAAAAGAUGAGGCAUCUAAAGAUGAUGCUCUCCUUCGUGGGGUCAAUCCAGUAAAAGAUCGUACAUAUGAUUCCUCGAGUGAGGACGAACCGUCGAUCAGUGCAACCAAUCAACUGUUUAUCCGUGAGAGCUCAUCCAGUGAGGAUGAUGUUACAAUUACUCGGAAAACUCAAGGCGAACCUCAGAAUGUUGACUUUGCUAGGCCACUUGCUGAUGACGGUGCCCCUAACUCAUUUACCGAUGCUCUCCCUCCCAGUGAUUCACCGCAAACCCGAAACGAAGUCCAAAAACAACCCCAAAAUCGUCAGCCCUUAAAUCAAUCACAGAAUCCCUGCCAGGAUAUUCUUGAUUCACCCCAAAUCCGCAAAAAACUCCAAAAGCAGCCCCAAAAUCGUCAGCCUCUGAAUGAAUCCCAGAAUCCGUCUCAGGAUGUUCUUGAUUCACCCCAAACCCGCGAAGAAUUCCAAAAGCAGCCCCAAAAUCGUCAGCCUCUGAAUCAAUCUCAGAAUCCGUCUCAGGAUGUUCUUGAUUCACCCCAAACUCGCGAAGAACUCCAAAAGCAGCCCCAAAAUCGUCAGCCUCUGAAUCCAUCCCAGAAUCCGUCUCAGGAUGUUCUUGAUUCACCACAAACCCCGAAUGAACUUCAAAAAGAACCUCAAGAUCGUCAGGCGAUUAAUCAAUCCCAUAAUCCCUCCCAGGAUGUUCUCGAUUCACUCCAAACCCGCAAAGAACUCCAAAAGCAGCCCCAAAAUCGUCAGCCUCUGAAUCAAUCCCAGAAUCCGUCCCAGGAUGUUCUUGAUUCACCCCAAACCCGAAAUGAACUUCAAAAACAACCCCAAGAUCGUCACGCGCUGAAUCAAUCCCAUAAUCCCUCCCAGGAUGUUCUUGAUUCACCCCAAACCCGCAAAGAACUCCAAAAGCAGCCCCAAGAUCGUCAGCCUCUGAAUCAAUCCCAGAAUCCGUCCCAGGAUGUUUUUGAUUCACCCCAAACCCGGAAUGAACUUCAAAAACAACCCCAAGGUCGUCAGCCGCAGAGUCAAUCCCAGAAUCCGUCCCAGGAUGUUGUUGCAGAUGGUGGUAGUCCUGGAUUAUCUGACGAUCUUUUACUAUCUGUCGAUGAAGUCCAAGUACACGAUCAAGCAACACCCUCUAGUUCCUGCGCAGAACUGCAGCAUGAGUAUCAGUCUCUAUUGACUUAUCCAAAGGGUCAACUCAAAGCUGAAAUUCUCAAGGAUGAUAAUGGAGACAUUUCCGUAGGAAUUGUAAUUGCUCAUGCCCUGAUGUCGAGAAAAACUCAAGAAGCAUACAAGUCUGUGUACAAAUAUGUUUUUGAGGAACUAGCUCCAGAACUAAAGAUGGAAAUCCGAGUGCAUAUGGAUUUCGAGCUGGCUGCAAAAAACGGAAAAUUAGCGGACGUGCAAAAUCGAGUCGCAUGUGAUUACGACGCAAUUGUGAACGGUAUCACACGAUAUUCAUUUCGGUGGACUGAUGAAAAAAAAGAGAGAACUUUGCGUAAAAUUGAAAAAAAAUUAAAAUACAAAAGGUACACCCCGUGGGAAUUCGUGAGGCAGGCAGCUCAUUGUGUCAACUUUGAAAAAAAGUACAGAGAAAGACGAAGGACACAGGUCAAAAAGGACACAUUUGAGUUGAUUUGUGCUCAACCAGGGAGUAUGAAAAUUUGGAUUAAGAAAGUUCACAAGCCGUGAUUGACUGGAA